CUCCGCACCGCUGGAGCUCGUACUGCGGUCAGGGCCAUCUUUGGUUGUUCUCGCCGGUCGCGACUCGCACCACAGUCAGUGAUCAAUUGUGAUACGUAUCAAAUUAUUCGAGCGAUAACUGUUUGCAAAGAGUUCGUUUUUUGUCGGUAAUAGGACAACAGACUGGUUCUGCAUAAAUAUUUUGUUGCAUCAACACCGUUUUGCAGAUUUUUUUUGCAGCGGAAAUUUGGCUAAAGAAGGGAGAUCCACUGUAAUACAACAUGGAUGAGGAAUAUGAUGUUAUCGUAUUGGGCACCGGACUCACAGAAUGUAUUCUCUCUGGGAUCAUGUCCGUGAAUGGGAAGAAAGUUUUGCAUAUGGACAGAAAUCCUUACUAUGGUGGUGAAAGUUCCUCUAUCACACCCCUGGAGGAGCUCUAUAAGAGAUUUGGGAUUUCAGACAGUCCCCCAGAGUCAAUGGGCCGGGGAAGAGACUGGAAUGUGGACCUUAUUCCUAAAUUCUUAAUGGCCAAUGGUCAGUUAGUUAAGAUGCUUCUAUACACUGAAGUGACCAGAUAUCUUGACUUCAAAGUGGUUGAGGGAAGCUUCGUGUAUAAAGGGGGGAAAAUCUAUAAAGUGCCCUCUACUGAGACAGAGGCACUGGCUUCAAACCUAAUGGGAAUGUUUGAGAAGAGACGUUUCCGGAAGUUCCUAGUUUUUGUCGCCAACUUUGAUGAGAACGACCCCAAGACCUUUGAGGGCGUUGAUCCCAAACUCACAACGAUGGGAGAAGUGUACAAGAAGUUUGACUUAGGACAGGACGUCGUAGACUUCACGGGACAUGCCCUCGCCCUCUACAGGACAGAUGAUUACCUGGAGCAGCCAUGUCUGGAGACCAUCAAUAGGAUCAAACUCUACAGUGAAUCUCUGGCACGUUACGGGAAGAGCCCCUACCUGUACCCCCUGUACGGAUUGGGGGAGCUGCCUCAGGGGUUUGCUAGGUUAAGUGCAAUUUAUGGAGGAACCUACAUGCUGAACAAACCAGUGGAUGAGAUAGUGAUGGAGGGAGGACAUGUGGUGGGCGUGAAAUCGGAGGGAGAGGUUGCCCGCUGCAAACAGCUCAUCUGUGACCCAAGCUACAUCCCGGACCGCGUGCACAAAGUCGGCCAGGUGAUCCGGGUCAUCUGCGUCCUCAGCCAUCCCAUUAAAAACACUAAUGAUGCCAAUUCCUGCCAGAUCAUCAUCCCUCAAAACCAGGUUAACCGCAAAUCAGAUAUCUAUGUUUGCAUGAUCUCCUACGCCCAUAACGUGGCGGCUCAGGGGAAAUACAUUGCCAUCGCAAGCACCACUGUGGAAACCUCUGAUCCUGAAGCUGAAAUCGAACCUGCUCUGGAACUCCUCGAGCCCAUUGACCAAAAGUUUGUGGCCAUCAGUGACAUGUAUGAACCCACAGAUGAUGGUACAGACAGUCAGAUAUUUGCCUCACGGUCCUACGACGCGACCACUCAUUUCGAAACAACUUGUAACGACAUCAAGGACAUCUACAAGCGCAUGACAGGCAGUGACUUCGACUUUGAGAACAUGAAGCGUAAACAGAACGACGUCUUCGGCGAGGACGAGCAGUGAGGGGUGGAGAAGUGACGGAGGAGUGGAGAGGCAAUGGUCAGAUGGAGGGCAGAGAUGGGGCGGGCUGAACGGGAUUUACUGUGCUGGGUUCAGAAGUCACACAGAACAGAAUCGACAAUGCAACAAGGUUGUAAAUCUCUUUCAACCAGCCUUAUCUUUCCCAGAGUGCUCUUUGCUCAUUGUCUCCACACCCCUCCGGUGUCUCUGUUCAGAUACUUACAGUUCAGCACACAGACACACAAACGCUCUAUCGCUCACAUUCCACAACUCUGCACUACAAAGUGGGCUCACACCACCAUGCUACUCUAGAUUCUUACACAAGCGGUAUGCAUCGUUUGCGCAAAAUAUCCUGUUGAAGUGAAACACGUGUCUUUUUGUUCUCUGAAUAUCGUCUUUGACUGAAGCCCAUACAUGUGAACGAUUCCUCGAAUAUUGAAGAAGAUUUAAAACAGUUUCUCAUCAACUUUCGUGAAGUAUCCCCAACUGUCCUCAGACUGUUAGAUAGCAUACUGUCGUCACUUUGACAUUUAACAGUUUCACGUGAACAGCGGCCUUCCCGUACUUUCGGAAAGUGUCACUGACAAACGUAUAGUACUAUCAUCAAACGCGUCGCUCUCACCGUUAAACACCACAUUUUGACACCUGGACAAAGGAUGUAAUAUGAUAUUGAUAGUAUGCAAAAUGCAUAAAGUUGUACGAAAUUAAAAUGAACUGACAGUCUCAUAUCACUACAUUUCCUGCUCUACAACUCAUUGGUCUUUAAAGUUAUUUAAUUCUUUUUUUAUGAUUAUUAUUGGUGGAUUUUUUUUUUGGACAACUAAAUUGAAUGAGAUGUAUAAUAUGCAGUAUAGAAGUGAAUUGUAAGCCAUUAACUUGUAACUAACAUUACGAUCUUUGUGCUAAGUUAAAAACAUUGUAUGGCCUCACAAUUUCUAAUGACCUUAUUCUACAUUCCUCAUCUUCCUGCAUUCAUUUAUUUUGUAGUGAAAACUGAUGUUAUCGAAUGCAAAUGUGUGCGAAAACGCACUCGGUAUGUUACGGGAAACGAGUCUUAAGAACGUGGAAGCAAUUUUCACUCCCACAGCUGCAGAAGUAAAUGAUAAUGUGAAUUUAAUGAGUGUCAGAUCUUUUGUUAUUUGAUAGUAGCCAUAUCCCGUUGGUAUUCUGGCUUUUGUAAACCAGUCUGACUCCAGUCUACUAAAUACUACAUACAUGCUUUAACUUUCGAUCGUGAUGAACACUAUGCCUCUCCCUGUGUACUGUAAAGAUUCCCACUGCAUCUUUGAAUUCUCUUCCAUUUUAUCAGUGAUUGACACAUGUAGUCUCCGCAUUUACACUUGGCUGUUUGAAACCACAAGGCAAACUUAGUAUUGAACUCUGACUGGUCAUGUUUUCAUCAUUACUUCUAUCUCUAAUCAUGCUCGUUUUUGUUUCAGAAUGAGUUGAAUUGCCAUGAAUAGUUAUAGUAGACACUAGUCCGGACCAGAUGAUCAUGGUGUGCUGUUUGAAUUCUCACCGUACAGCUUUCAGUGUAGAAUUUACAAGCAUUGUCAUGUUGUUUUCCAUAUUCGCCUUUGCUGAGAAAAAAGCCUCUGACAGUAGUUUUUUCCCCUCUUUAUUUUUAAUGGAAAACAAGGAGUGUGACAGUUUUAUUACAUUCUUGAAAUUUAUUGGGCCAAAGUCACUUACGGCCUUAUAGAUUCACAUAGAAGCAUACAGGUCUUGAACUCUUCCUUAGUGCACAAAUUAGGUUGUGAAUUAAUGAUAACUGGAAUCAAAUAGAAUUACGCUGCAUUGCUAUAUUUGUUAUCUUUUGCACCUCUCCAACAUAUUGUUGCAUAUGUUUGGAUUAACUGUUUUGUACUGUAUUUAUUUUCAUUUUGUCUUUCAUUUUCAAUGUUGAAACAACUAAACAUCUUUAAAAAAAAAAACUGACACACAAACUCGACGAUUUUAAGUUGUGAAUUUCAUCUCGUGUUUGAGCAGUCUUGUGCAACAAAAAUAAAUAUGAAUAAAAUAAA